AAACAGUAUUUUAUUAUUACAUUAUACAAUAUUAUUUUAUUCAUUACGUCAUACAAUUUCAUGCACGUGAUAAUGCAGUAUGGAAUUUCUACCUACGUACUAACACAGAUAGAUUGCAUAAGGCUUAAAUUUGCAACUUUACCAUUGAUCGAAAGAAAUACUGUGUUUAUUUUUACAUCAUUGUUUGUUAAUCUUGUUCCAGAUGUAUUACAUUAAUCCUCUAGAAAGAUAAACAAUUUAUGCCGAAAUGACACAGCACGUCUUCGUAUCAUUGAUCUCGCAAAAAUAUAUGAUAGCGUUCUAACUAUUAAUACUUACUAUACGACUUCUGCUACCGACCGAAAAAUAUGAUUAUUACCACCUAAAAAUUACAAUUUAUACCAAAGUAAUAAUUGUGACAUAGAAUUAGAGAAUUUGAAUGCGUUAUGAGUUAUGAGGUUUUUCUAACGAGAUACGAUUUUAAUAUGUUGUAAAAUAUAUGAGAGAUAAAACAAAUUUCACAUUUAUUUUUUAUUGAUUAGUUGAAUGAACAAGCCGACUGCCCGCCUAAGGUAAAGUGGUGUUGGAGAUUACAGACAUUAAUAAAAACCGGCUGGCGUUAAAUUCGGCCACGAGGGUUCCGGAUAUGAACAAGCCUGCGCAAUCUUCCAAAAAAUAUAUUUUGUACGUGUGUCAGAUUCGCAUGUACGACACAAUAAGAAAACCUGAACUUAAAUAAUUUGUGGCAGAACUUCUUGUGAGUCCGCACGGUUAGGUACCACCACGGAAUAGAUAAAUAAGGUACCACCACCCUGCCUAUUUCUACCGUGAAGCAGUAAUGCGUUUCGGUUUGAAGGGUGGGGCAGCCGUUGUAGCUAUAAUGAGACCUUAGAACUUAUAUCUCAAGGUGAGUGACGCAUUUACGUUGUAGAUGUCUAUAGACUCCGGUAGCCUCUUAACACCAGGUGGCUUGUGAGACCGUCCACCCAUCUAAGCAAUAAAAAAAAAUUAUGUAAUUUAAAACAAAAGUCUAUGAAUACCAGUUUUAACUAUAAAGACCAUGUUCCCAUUAUCUGAUCGUUUUAUGAACAGAAGGAAAAUAUUACCAAACAUAUAUUAUGUUUGAACACCAGAGAAAUUUUGACGUUUUAUUGAUAAAUAUUUUAAUAUAAUAAAAAAUAAAAUUUUUUUUUAAGUAAAACGGGAAUGCCUACGUUUUUAUCCGAUUGGAGCAAAUCACAUGCUAUAAAAAGAACUGAACUUUAUAGUUGAUUUUUAAUAUUUCAUACAUUUCCAAAGUAGCAGUAGUUGAUGCCUUUACCUAAAAAUGUAAUGUAAAUGUUUUUUAAAUGCAAGAAUAUAUGUUCUAUGGAUUUUAUUAAUAAUUGAUAUGCAAACUUUUCAGAAAACAAUCGGUUAGGUAUGCUUUUGUUCGCGUUGACUGAAAAACUUGAGAUCAUACAUUGUGUUCCGUUAUAGACCUUAGUAUUCCGUAAAAAAAAUUAACUUAAUACUUUUAGAAGUGGUUAGCUACUCCUAAAAUCUGAAUAGCUGGACAAACAAUACGGACAACAAAGUAAUCCUGGAUUUCGUUAUCUUUUCAUUUUGAGAAGCAAGAAGUAAUCUAGCCAUUCGUUUUUUUUUUGUUCCUACCUAUCUUGAUAGCCUUGAGAAGCUAUUUCAGCGUAACCGUAACUAUUAGGUGAGCUCAAGGAGCUCAAACCUGACGACGUUGCUAACACGAACCCUAGUAAGAGCCGUGCUUCGCAGAAUCUACCACCGGAUCGGAAACGCGACCCACUGAGAAGAUCCGGCGAGAAACUUAGUGGGCUGUGUCUGUGGGUAAUUUACUCGUCGAGUCCUUCGUCUCUAGCGAUGGGUUCGACGAGAACGAUGACCGGUGCUUGAGGUACCUUAAAGCCCCGUUAGUGGAUCGGGAGAAUCCGAAAUGACGUGUUUUGGGCGACGUCGACUGCUUUCCAUUCUGUCCACAGGAUCGGGAAUGAGCCUUUCGUAAGAUGUUAACAUUCAUAAUGAAAACCGCUUCGUUAACGUUCACGUUACGCUCUUAAAUCUGUUUUCAUGAAGACGUUUCGGUAUCUUUGACAAAAAAAACAUCCACCAACAUCAACAUCAUAGAUAAUACACAAAUGGCAUAUUUUCAAACAUGUGCAAUAACAAAAACCUGUCGUGCCUGUAUUGUAUUAGUUAACAACCAAAAAUAAUCGACAAAAGGCAAUGAUUUGUAACAGUCGCACGGAUUUUUCACGAUCUGUGGUACGUCAUGUAGUCAUUAAACUCGUUUGAUACCUAUCUCAACAAAUAAGGCAUAUUUUGAACAAUAAUUUGAUAACGUCAUUUUCUUCGUGUACCUUAAAUUAAAUUCGAUCAAUUAUUAUUCUAUCUAUUAAAUUAAAAAUAUUUACAUUAAAUUCUCGGAAUUCGAAUUAAGCAUCACGAUACGGAAUCAUUUUGUAAACAUCGGCUUCCUCUAACGAGGCGUACUCCUACUAUAUGAACGAUUAAAGACGACAUAUUUUGCCAUAUGGGACACAUUCAUUUGAACUUUGUUUUCAAAUUAUGGUUGCACGCAAGUUACGACAACAAUGUGUUCAGAUGGAAAAAUUGGUGCACACGCGCCACGCCGCGCGGUUAAAGCUUAACCGAUGCUCGACCUCGGCGUAUCGCGGAGCAGUUGCUAUGUAAAACGCUGCUUUAACGUUCCACGUGUACUAUAAACAUCACGGCAAUCCACCGAGUAUUCAGUUCACUGUUCAGUGUAUCGUUCAGUUCUCUGGCACGUCGGGUUAUGGUCGCGGAGCGUUUCCACAGCACAAAGCCUUCUCUUGUGGCUUGAUUAAAAAAAAUUACAGUACGGCCAAUGACCAGUCAGCCGGCCGGCGAAACUGAAUGUACAGAGGCAGUCACGUGCCCGGGGUGAGGCGCGGCGGGCGACUCACUCGCAGCCGAACCUUCUCUUAUAAGAUGCACAUUCGCCGUGGCAUAGGUGUGGAGCGUGCUGACGCGAACGGCAUGCCUCCUAUAUUAGCACUCGAUAUUUACGUUCGUUAAUCAGUUUAAAGUGAACAAGACUUCCUGGGUGCCAUGUAGGAUGUCUCACAGCAGCCUAAGCUGUCACUACGACAGUUACCUCCCUUCAGAUUCAUCCCUUGAAACCGACGCACUGAAUCGACACUGGAAUGGACGCAUUUCGACACAAGCUGAAGGACCCUCACGCCGCAAAAGCAACCUACACAAUGCUCUACACGCAGAAAUGGAUUCCUCAUGGGAACGACAAGGACACAUCGAAGGGAGAUUCAAAAAAUAUUCUACGACAUCCUCAGUAUACUCUAAAAAAGCAUUAUCACAUCAAAGCGAACACAUCGAAAGGUCGUGGUGGUAUGCGUGUUGCGCUAAGUGUCACCAAGAAGACUCCGGGAUUCCUUCGUGGGAGCCUCCACACUGGCAGAGAGUAUGCCCAUACCCACUAUGCCCGUCUUAUCGAACAUUUGCGCAAACUUUAUCAGUACUCCUUAUUGGUAUUAUGGUUUGGAUAACGAUAUGGAUCGUGAUGGGCGAGACGGCGGCCCCCGGCGGCCAACUCUUCACGCUUGCCGUGCUCACAAUCGCCGCGUACUUCGGUGGAUGGGUCAUGAUGAAAGUGACCACUCUACCCGCACUAAUAGGAAUGUUAUUCGUGGGAUUACUAUUAAAAAACAUCGGCUUCGUAAACUUUGGCGAGUCAUACCAACACGUAGCUUCUUAUAUCAGAAAAAUAGCGCUUACAAUCAUUUUAACUCGUGCUGGUAUGGACCUGGAUCCCGUGGCUAUGAAGAAAUACUUCUUCACCGUAAUCAAGUUGGCCUUAAUACCGUGGACCUUUGAAUUCCUUUUGUGUGCUGUGCUGGCAUACUUCUUCCUGGGACUACCUUGGGUUUGGGCUUUUCUUCUGGGCUCUAUAGUAGCGGCAGUGUCCCCUGCUGUUAUCGUACCCUGUUUGUUCCGUCUGCGCGGUAAGGGCUACGGAGUAUCGAAAGGCAUCCCAACACUGGUGCUGGCAGUGUCCGGAGUCGAUGACGCAGCCAGUGUUGCAGUAUUCGGCAUCAUAUCAUCGAUUAUGUUCUCCAAUUCGUCGAUGACCAUGAAUAUUAUUCAGGGUCCACUUAGUGUAUUCGGUGGGAUCGCCUUUGGAGUCUUGGCCGGAUAUAUGGUGAAGUACAUCCCGGAACGCAACGAUGCUUUCUUGGUACCAAUACGUGUUUUACUUCUUCUCGCUGGAGGCCUCAUGUCUGUUUUGGGCUCUGAAGAGAUCGGCUGGGGAGGUGCUGGUCCUCUUGCCGUAAUUGCUUUCGCAUUCAUCGCAUGUAAAAACUGGGUGGAACUCGGCUGGGAGCUUGAAGACAAUCCUGUCGCGACGGCUUUCGAGAUAUUCUGGAUGUUCUUUGAACCUAUGCUUUUCGCUGUCACCGGAGCACAAGUUGUUAUAGCAGAUCUGGAGCCUCAUCUAGUUUUAGUGGGAAGCUGUAUACUUGCCACAUGCGUUGUGCUGCGAGCGAUGGUGACCAGUGUCUCUGCCAUCCGCAGUAACCUUAAUAUGAAGGAAAAGAUAUUCGUCGGUCUGUCGUGGAUGGCUAAGGCUACAGUACAAGCUGCAUUAGCUCCAGUUGCGUUAGACGAGAUAAGGAAAAUGGCGGGAGUAGAGGGACCCGACCCUGUGCUUAUGGAGUAUGCAGAAACAGUCAUCACUGUCUGCAUCAUGUCGAUCAUCAUCACUGCCCCUAUUGGAGCCAUCGUCAUAACACUGGCUGGACCCAAAUUGCUCUCUAGAACAUCAAAGCCACCUGUCUUGGAAGGAUGGCGUCGAUCCCACCGUCCGUCUAUUCGCGACAUAUCGAUCAUAGACGAGGAGGAGACCGCGGAACGAGACGCGGAAGCGGACCUACAACAAUCGUCAGAAGCCGCGGCUCCAUCGCCCUUCGUACCACCUACCAUUACGGUGCAGCCGGUCCAUCGCCCGUAAACUACUUCCCGAUAUUAGAAGCAAAAAGUCAGAUAUCCGUCACUUCAAUUUGUGUACUGCAGUCUGCCGUUGAUUCUGUGUUGUGGACAUCUAAGCGUACAUUUAAAAAAAACAUUUGUUUUUAUUCGCGGUAGGCAGCGGCUUGGCUCUGCCUCUGGUAUUGCUGAAGCCAAUGGGCGACGGUAACCACACCAUCAGGUGGGCCGUAUGCUCGUCUGCCAACAAAGGCAAUAAAAAAAUUAAAAAAUAAAAUUCGGAUAAAAAAAAUAAUUUUCUAAAGUACGUAAGCAACUGACUUUUUGGCUCCGAUGGUCAUAUUAUGGUAGAAUGAAUAAAGUAACUUAGAAAUUGUAAAUAAUUCUUCAAAGAUCAAACCGAAAUUACAAUCGCGUUGGGGCAUAAACAAACCCUUAUGAUUUUCAAAAUCUAGCCUAAUUAAUUCAAAAAUUACAACAGAAUUUUGUGAAGUCCGUUUAUUACGAUAAUGUGCGGGGAACUACAAGUAUAAGGUUAACGUAGCCAUUGACAAGAAAUAGCAAACAAAAUUCAUUAGAUUUCAAACAUCACGUCACGUUUACUUACUUUAACUAAACAUAAACACAUUGAUAAAAGGUUAUAAAAAAUCUAUUUUUUGUACUCCUUGUGAUAAAUGUAUACUUAAUGGCUUUUGUGAGACCACGUCUUCAGUUUGGCUUAUUGGACGUUAAUUACUUAUAUAUAAUAGAAAACUAAAUAGGAGAUAUAUUCAAUUAAUAGGAGAUAAUAAUUGAAAGUAUUAUAAUUUAUACAUAGAAUUUAGCUUCGAUCAGUAUUCUUAUUUAUACUGUACUUAUGUAAUUUAGUUGUUAGUAAGUUUAUAAGCUUUCGUACGAUUUUCUGGUAAAAACAUUAAUAAUUGAUUUGUCACAGUCGUUGCUCAGUGCUAAUAUUCAUUCACGUACUUAAUCUGUAUAUUAUGUUUUGUAUAGACAUUCCUAGGCUUAGCUUAUAUGAAAUAUUUGUAUUCAAUUCAAAGUAAAAACAAAUUUAAUCUGUGGCCUUAUAUUACAUUAUUUUUUUCAUUAAUCAAAUAUUUUCUAGUAAGUAAUGAAUUAAGCUUUAACCAGUGAUAUAUUUUGGGACCAACAUAAUUUCAAAUUUACUCGUAUGUAAGAAAGUAAUGUGUCUAAUUAAAGUUAAUUAAUGGCAAGAUUUAAGAAAUUGUCGUAAUCCUAAUUACCUAAUUAUUUAAGGCUAAUUCAGAAUGUAUAUUUGAACAGCAAUAAAACUAAGAGAUGAUGAAA